AUGGCUCAACGUAGUGCGGCGGGGCAUGGCGUGGUGUGGCGUGGCGUGGCGUGGUGUGGCGUGGCGUGGCGUGGCGGGACGUGGCGGGACAUGGCGGGGCUCGGCGGGGAGCGGGCGUUCCGGGGCGUGCCGUACGCCGAGGCGCCCGUGGGCGAGCGCCGCUUCCGCCCGCCGGCCGACAAGAGGCCCUGGGAGGGCACUUUGGACGCCGUGCGCGAGGGCGCGCCCUGCCUGCAGGUGAGCCACCUGAACCUGUCGGAGUCCGGGUCGGAGGACUGCCUGUUCCUGAACGUGUACGCGCACGUGGGGGCUGAGAACCACCCGGUGCUGGUGUACAUGCACGGGGGCUCCUUCCUCGAGGGCCACGGCGGCCUGCGCUUCGUGGAGCCGCAGCUGCUCAUGGAGCACGACCUGCUGCUCGUCUCCUUCAACUACCGCCUGGGCCCCUUCGGCUUCCUCAGACGCGCUGGCGGCGCUGCGGUGGGUGCGCGCCAACGCGGGGCUUUCGGCGGCGACGCGGGGCGCGUGACGCUGGCGGUGCGAGCGCGGCGCGGCGCGCCCACUGCUGCGCUGGCGCCGGCCGGCGGCGCGCCUGCUGCGCGGGUGCUGCUGGCGAGCGGCGGCGCGCUGUCGCGCUGGGGCGCUGACGCCGCCGGGCACCCGCCUCGCGGCGCCGGGUCGUCGGCGCCGCUCACUGUUAGGGAGGUAACAAUGUUUCCACCACUUCUCGCCCUCGAGCUAACGCGCCGGCCGCCGUCGCUGUCUGUCUGCCGCAGCUGGUCGAGCGGGGUGGAAGAGGGCGAGGGGGAGGAGCGGCUGGUGGCGGCGCCGGUGGCGCAGCUGGUGCGUCGCGGCGCGUCCGUGCCCAUCCUGGCCGGGGUGACGUCGGACGAGAGCCUCGAGUGGGGCCGCAACCUGCGCGCCGCCGUGCGCCAGGAGGCCUUCGAGGACGCCUUCCUCGACGAGGAAAUCGCCAAGAUCUGCCCAGUGCGCGUGCGCCGCGGUCUGGUGGGGCGGCUUCGGCGCUUCUACCUGGGCGGGGCGUCGGGCGCUCGCGGGCAGCUCUUCUCUGAGGCGAACGCGUCCGCGCUCUUCUCCGACGCGCUCUUCAACUACCCGGCGUACCGUGCGCUGGCGCUGCAGGCGGCGUCGGGCCGCGCGCCGGCCUACUUGUACGUGUUUGGCUUCCCGGGCCGCGUCAGCGAGACGGCGCGCCGCGGAGGGCCCGUCGGCGGCGUGGUGCACGGCGACGACCUGCUCUACGUGCUGGGCAGGCAGUUCCCGGCGCCCGCCGGCUGGCCCAACGCCACCGAGCGGCGCGUCGCCGAGCUGCUGGCGGCCGUGUGGGCGACGUUCGCGCGCGAGGCGCGGCCCGCGCCGCCCCAGCUCGAGGAGCUCUGGGAGCCUGCGGCCGGGCCCGGGGACGACUUCCGGUUCCUGCAGAUCGACGAGCGGGCGCGGGUGAGGAGGGGCCCGCCCUUCCGGAAGAGGAUGGAGUUCUGGGAGAAGCUCCGGCAGCUCGAGCCAUCCGCUGCGAUCACCAGGGAGAGGCCAUCCCCAUUAGCGCUGGCGGUGCCUGCCGUUGCUGCCCUAUUGGCCAUGAAGCGAGUGGUUUGUUGAUAGAGCCGCAUCAACGAUGGCGGUGCACCAUCCAUGUCUUCUGUUAGAUGUCUUUUUAAAAGCCAAAGAAAAAGCAAAAUGACUGUCAAAAACCGUCGUAGUACCUGCUAAGCAAAGAAUGAAACCUUGCGAUACAGUACUGGUUCAAAACGAACUUUCAUCGAUACUAAUUGUACCAAACGGAACUACCUCAGAAAAUAACUUGAAAAGAGCUUUUAGAGCUUCUACAAGAAAUAAUUUUGUACGUUGAUACGAAUUAAUAUGUAAGAUAAAAGAGCACUACUAGAAUAUACUGAAUGCGAGUUGUGCCUUUUAUAAAAGUCAAAGUAUUUUCAAUUAUCGUAUUCUCUGCGUUUGUUAUACAAAUCGUAUUUUGCACCGUGAUAUGACUUUUAUCAAAACUAUGACUAUGUACACAUAAGUCAUAAAAUUAAAUAUGUAUUUAAAUUACAUUCUUUGAAGUUUUUUUAGGAUCCUGAAUAGAGAAAUUUUGGGAAAAUUACUACAUAUUCGGAAAGGAAAUUAUUAUUAUUCUCUGUAGUACAUACAUUUCACACCUAUUACCACAAUUUCUGCGUACUAAAAAUUGUCGGUAUUCACAGCUGUAGGAUGACAUUUGUUAAGAGAUUCUGGGAAAAAUUCAACAACAUGCAGUUUACAGUUACAAUGUAAUGAUACUCUCACAGGAGGUGGAGACCAUUAUACCGUACGUUGCAGCAGCGUAUAGUGUGACUGCACCGGGCGCUGGAUGUGACGUGUCGGCGAACGACCUUCGCAGACUACAGUUUGCAUUGUGAACUGUUCCUACUCCACUUUUUCUCCAAAGUCAUUGUACGUUUGGAUCGCAUACAAUCCAUGAUUCGUAGGUAUGCCAUCGAGAGGACUGGUAUCCAGCGUGCGUAAUGUUCUGCAUUCACGCUCGUCUCAUCAGCCCUCAAAGCCUUUGAGAAUGAGUUGGUGUUUGUUGAUUCCGAGUGCAUCAUCUAUUAGAGUUCUUAUUUCCGUAAGGGUAAUGCAUGUUAUAUCCCAAGAGGAAGCGAUGUUUCUCUCCUACAGAAACGAGACACCUUGCGCCGAUCACGACGUAUCACGUUGGCUUAUAGAUUUUUUCCGGAGCGGAGCACAGCCCCAGACAGAGCAAGAUCUGACUGAUCUCCCGGAAUGUGUGGUAGUGUAGUGCACGGAAUUACGUGUAAGGGAGGAGGAUAAGACAAGG